AUGAUGACUAGGAAGAUACCCUUCAGCACUCUCGAUGUCUUUACGAAUCGCCCCUUUAUCGGCAACCAGCUCGGCGUUGUCCGAGUGCCAGCAGAUACAUCCCUCUCACAGGUUCAAAGAGCAGCCAUUGCACGAGAAUUCAAUCUCUCUGAGACUAUCUUUGUGAAUGAACCAGUAGAUGCAGGUGAUGGAUCUGUAGUCAUUGUACCCAUCAACAUUCACCUCAGAGGUGGUGGGGAGAUACCUUUCGCAGGACAUCCGACCGUGGGCGGGGGCUACUACAACGCACGUCGCUUCCCCGGCCGGGAAAUCGUCCUGCGUACACUCGCUGGCGACAUGCCCGUCACCCGCAUCCUCGACGCCAACGGGAAUCUUACCGGCACCCGGGUGGGCGUCGCCGUUGACUUUAUGGACCACGGGCCCCUCGAGACGCCGCGGCUCGCCGAGCUGCAGCCCGAUCUCACUGCAGACGACUACGUCCAGCGGACGGCGAAGGGCAGCGAUGCGGAGGUGGAUAUCUACCCGACGGCGUCGAUUGUGAAGGGGAUGACCUUUGUGCUGCUGGAGUUAGCGUCCGUGGAUGCGCUGGGGAGGAUGAAUGUGUUCCCCACGCGUGUGCGACCGGCGCAUGGGGCGCUUGGGGAUUGGGAAGGGUUGGUGGGCGUUUACGCCUUCGUACGACUCGGAGAAGAAGGGAACACAAUCAAGCUCAGGACACGCAUGAUGAUUGGACCUUCGGAAGACCCUGCUACUGGAUCUGCGGCAUCGACUCUCGCUGGAUGGCUGGGCAAGCAGAAGGGGCCUGGGAGCUGGAACAUCCGCAUCACUCAGGGCGUAGAGAUGGGGCGUCGCAGCGAGAUUGAGGUGAACGUCAAGAUUGCCGACAGUGGUGAAAUCGAGAGCAUUCAGCUCGGCGGAAGCGUAUGCGAAGUCAUGGAAGGCAAUAUAGUUGCACCAGAGGAAGUGACUCGGUGA